AUGGCGCCACGAGGAGCCCGUGGUGGUGGUCGCAGUGGUAGUCACAUUGGUGGUCGUGAUGCUGGAGAUAGAAAUGCAUCUCAAUCACACGAUAAUGCAGAAAGUCAACCUUCUUCUUCAGUUAGAGGAUCAAACAUCUUGGAACAAGUUCCAAGUAACCCAUCAAAAAGGAAGUUCAUUGAAGUCGAUUCUGAAAGCGAAUUUACGGAUCAGAUUUCAGUGAUCAGAGCCAUCACAUGUAUACUGAAGACGAUGUUUGACGGCCCAUGGACCUCAUGGAAGAAGGUUGACAAAGAACAUCGUGAUGCAAUGUGGGAACACUUCAAGGGUUUGUAUGACUGGCCCGAAGAGAUUGAUGUUCUUGCUCGCAAUGUAUGGGAAGACUCUGCAAAUGUGAAUGCCUCACUAGAAGGUGAUUUAAAUUUGCUAAAGGACUAUCACCCAAAUUGGAUAAAAAAGGAGUAUUGGGAAAAAAUGAUCAAUGAAGCGUGGACCACAUCCAAAUGGAAACGUUUAUCACAAUCAGGGAAAAAUAACAGAAAUAAAUUAGAAGAUGGCUCUGUUUCCAAACAUACCGGGGGUUCUAUAUCUAUUCGUCAACAUAAGAAAAGAAUGCAAGCAACACUUAAACGCCCUCCUACAGGAGUUGAACUUUAUGCAAGGUUGCACACUAAACGGUCUACUCAAGAGUACAUUACACCAAAGGCAACUAAAGUUAAGGAGGCUUAUGAAAGUGCUAUGGUGGCUAAGUUUGGUGAUGAUACUAGUUGCCACCCCCUUUUGGAUAAUGAAACAUGCUUUUUGGAAGGAACAUCUAGUACAAUAACAUCCCAAGAGGUUGUCUAUGAACGUGUACGAAACGAGAUGCGUGGGGAAAUGGAUGCUAAAGCUGCAGAAAUGGAAGCUAAACAUCAACAAAUGCAUGUAUGCAACCUUGCAAAAUAUGAUGGGAAAUUGAAAAUUAGAGGAAUGAGAACCGAAGAUGAUUGGAUGGACAUGAAAUGAAGAGAGCAGCUAAAAUGUUAUUUUGAAGUUAUGUUUUGUGAAAACUCAUUUCCCGAUGCAUACUUUGGAUUUCUUGGUGCUAAAAUGUUAUUUUGAAGGUUAAACUUUUUUUUUUGUUUGUACCUCUUUUGCAUACUUUGGAUUUCUUGGUGCUAAAAUGUUAUUUUGAAGUUAAACCUUUGGGAGUUUGAUGUUAUAUGGA